AUGGAAACUGUUUUCGGAGUAACUUUCCCUGUGAAGAAAUCGAUGGCUGCAGAGACGCCCCAAUGUGGUAUUGACAAUUCACCUAUUUCCGUAGUCUACGAAGGCUUCGGGAAAAUCCAGACAUAUCCAUGGCUUGGCACUUUAAACUAUCCACUACGUGACAAAUGGUUGUCGACAGUGGUGGUGUUGGUGUCCAAACAAAUGGCUGUCGGCCCGGCGAUCGACAUAGACAAAGUGCCUAAGAUCGAUUUCAGAGCUCAUUCUCGCGUAACGAUAGGAACUAAUUGCAGCGGUGCAGCAGUUCGGGUUAGAAGCUACUCCUUUCAUCCAGAUUACCCCAAGAACACUUUGAGUGCCCCAGCUCUGAUACAGUUGGAAUAUCAUCCUAGAAUGGCAGGAUUCCGAGCGAUAUGCGCGCCGCUGGCCGCGUUCAAUAAUGCACAGUUCUACGCCAUGACACUCCCUAAUGCAUUUAUUUGCGCCAAGCGAGAACAUAACAACUGCAAGAGCGCAGUGAACUUAAAAUGCAAAGCCCACUACGGUGCUUUACUACGGCAUUCGUUCCGGCUAAACAUAGAUAGCGUAUGGCCAUCUUACGCUUUAUGUGCCCGAUCUACUUCCGGCAAGGAGUGUGUGUGGCGGAGUGGAACUGUGCUCGCCAUGAAACAGAAUGGACACUGGAGUUUGGUCGGUAUUGGAGUGCUAGGACCGGGAUGUUCAUCGCCAGCUCGCUUCAUGGAGUACAGUUCAUACCGACCCUGGGUCAGGAACAGUCUUCUCCGAAUCGGAAGACCAACUGUCACCAGAAUCGCUGACAAUCAUUUAGUGUUGAGACGCAGUGUCAGUAGUGUUCAAAGAUAUGGACCGUGUGACCCAGAAGAGACGAAAGCUGAAUUGUACACGGACAGUACUACAAUUCACAAGCUACCUGCUAUUAGAGUCAACAAAGUCAGUUAUAACUUUACAAUAUUUGCAGACGUAGAUUAUUCAUGCGUAGUGUUCAGAGUCGAGAACCGCAAACCAAAGAAGAAAGAAUUGCCGAAAAUAUACCUCCGCCGUUGGUGCACUUCUGACAAGCCUCUGUGCUAUGCAAUGCGAUAUUUACAAGUCGAUUUCUACCUGGAGAUAUACUUCACUGAAUCGAUUACUUAUAUAGCCAAGGUAUACGGCAAAGAAAUUAAAAUUCUCGAUACCAAGAGAGCGCUAGCCUAUUUCAAUUCAAAGAAGACGCUGCCCAAAAUACCAGUGCUGACCACGCCGAAGCCAAAAAUUGCCUCUGUUCUAUAA